GUCCAGCUAUUUGGUUUCGCCGACGACAUAGAUAUUAUGGCACGUAACUUUGAGAAGAUGGAGGAAGCCUACAUCAGACUGAAGAGGGAAGCUAAGCGGAUCGGACUAGUCAUCAACACGUCGAAGACGAAGUACAUGAUAGGAAGAGGUUCAAGAGAAGACAAUGUGAGUCACCCACCGCGAGUUUGCAUCGGUGGUGACGAAAUCGAGGUGGUAGAAGAAUUUGUGUACUUGGGCUCACUGGUGACUGCCGAAAAUGACACCAGCGGAGAAAUUCGGAGACGCAUAGUGGCUGGAAAUCGUACGUACUUUGGACUCCGCAAGACGCUCCGAUCGAAUAGAGUUCGCCGCCGUACCAAACUGACAAUCUACAAAACCGUAAUUAGACCGGUAGUCCUCUACGGACACGAGACCUGGACGAUGCUCGUGGAGGACCAACGCGCACUUGGAGUUUACGAAAGGAAAGUGCUGCGUACCAUCUAUGGUGGGGUGCAGAUGGCGGACGGUACGUGGAGGAGGCGAAUGAACCACGAAUUGCAUCAGCUGUUGGGAGAACCAUCCAUCGUUCACACCGCGAAAAUCGGACGACUGCGAUGGGCCGGGCACGUAGCCAGAAUGUCGGACAGUAACCCGGUGAAAAUGGUUCUCGACAACGAUCCGACGGGCACAAGAAGGCGAGGUGCGCAGCGGGCAAGGUGGAUCGAUCAGGUGGAAGAUGACUUGCGGACCCUCCGUAGACUGCGUGGUUGGCGACGUGUAGCCAUGGACCGAGCCGAAUGGAGAAGACUUUUAUAUACCGCACAGGCCACUUCGGCCUUAGUCUGAAUAAAUAAAUAAAUAAUUGAACAUCGUUCCACCAGUUCAUGCUUUGGCGAAAACAGGAACAUGGCGCUCAGUGAUAAUACCUCCUGGGAGGAUUUAAAAACAGUUUUCGACGUUCUUAAAAAUUGAUUUACUUUGUUACAUUUUCUGGACGAGUAUGCACAUUAACAAAGAGAGUAUUGAUUAUGCGAUUAGGGAAGUUUCAUGUGGGAAAACGAUUUUUCAGACGAGCCCGCUCAACACGCAACUGAGAUGCAUGUGGUAAACUAUAAAAAAAAUCUGCGGAAGUAUCUAUAAGGAUUUGAUUCUCAGAAUCUGAAAAAAACUGCAGGCUAUAAGCUAGUGAAUCAGUGUGAAAAUCUUUGGGAAUAUCUAGCUAAAUUAUAGCAAUAAUCAGAAACAAUUUAGCUAAAUGAUAACAACCAGACAAAAUUCCAAUUUAUCGCAAAUGUCAUCAUGUAUUUCAAUUGUAUUAACAACAAUAAAAGCAAAUAAAAAAUAUGUUUAUGUUGAAUAAUUAUUUUGUUGGUUAGAUUUAUUCAUUGUUUUCCUGCACAAGAAAAUGU